GCUGAGCGUCGCACGUGUGCGGAGGCGGCGGACGGGCCCAUGGCGAGCUCUGCGGGCCUGGCACUGUGCGCCCAGACGCUGGUGGUGCGAGGAGGCAGCCGGUUCCUAGCCUUCUCCACCGCGAGCAGCGACGAUGACUGCCUCUUCUCGUAUGACUGCAGCACUGCCGAGAAGAAGUCCGUGCAGGAAGAUAAAGGGGAGGACGGACAGCCCGCAGACAGGGGGAGUGACACGAUUCUGGCGUCCACCUUCUCCAAGUCUGGCCGCUAUUUUGCUUUAACUGAUGACAGUAAGCGUCUGAUUCUUUUCCGUACAAAACCAUGGCAAUGUCUGAGUGUCAGGACGGUGGUGCGGAGGUGCACCGCCCUGACCUUCACAGCCUCCGAGGAUCGAGUCUUGGUGGCUGACAAGUCUGGAGACGUCUACUCCUUCCCGGUGCUGGAUUCGGGUGGAUGUGGCAGGCUGGAACUUGGGCACCUCUCCAUGCUGCUAGAUGUGGCUGUGAGUCCUGAUGACCAGUUUGUGCUCACCGCAGACCGGGAUGAGAAGAUCCGGGUCAGCUGGGCUGCCGCCCCACACAGCAUCGAGGCUUUCUGCCUGGGCCACACGGAGUUUGUGAGCCGCAUCUUUGUGGUGCCCAGUCAUCCUGAGCUGCUGCUUUCUUCCUCCGGGGACGGCACCCUGAGACUCUGGAAGUACAGAAGUGGUUGCCAGCUGCAGUGCUGUGACCUGGCCAGCCUACAGGAGCCUGGCGAGCAUUCAGUCCACAAGGGGUUGGCUGCAUCCAGGAUUGCAUUCUGGGGACGGGAGAGCUAUGUGGUGCUUCUGUGUGAGUGUGUCCCUGUGGGCUUCGUCUUCCAACUUGAUGCCAGCAGACAGCAGCUGGUGUUCAGACAGCGGCUGACUUUCCCUCACCGGGUGUGGGAUGUUGUAUUUGAGGAGACUCGGGGCCUGUGGGUUCUGCAGGACUGCCGUGAUGCCCCUCUGGCGCUCUGGAGGCCCAUGGGCAGCGAGUGGCAGGCUGCUCCUGACGAUGCUGUGUCCCAGAGACUCUGCAGCCAUCUCCGUGAGAGCUGGGCCAUGCUGGAAGGCUCUGCUGGUGCAGAUGAUGGCUUCCGCAGCCUGUACAAGGCCACCUUUGACAACAUGACCUCUUAUCUGAAGAAAAAGGAAGAGAGGCUGAAGCAGCAGCUGAAGAAGAAGCGGCAAAGGAGCCCCCACCCAGGGUCCCCAGAACAGACCAAAAAGGCGUGCCCAGCCAGGGCAGUCAGCCCUUAGCUGCUGACCUCGGCUUGGUCAUCUCAUCCCUGGGGCCGCACGGCCAGCUCUCCUCUCCCUUCUGUCUGGCUUAUCCCUCAGGGAGAUCGUGGCAGCUCCGUCCCCACCACGAGCUCAGCAGCCUCUGGUCUCUAGAGACUGCCUCUGCCACUGAGCACAGUCUCCUGCCCAGCGGCAGGGAGACAGACCGUGUUAGCUAAUGAGUCUCUAUUAGCUGUGUGGAAGCACCUUCACAUUGAAGGAUACGCUGACCACAGCACCACGCACGACUGUCAGUGCCUAGAGUGGUGCCCUGGGGAUCUCUAGGGAGGUCUGGAGUAGGCAGGACCUGCCAUCACAGGGUGCCUUCGCUCCCUUGGGGUUGGAGCCCUGAAUCACUCACGUAGCUGCUUGCUGUUGUGAGGCAGAUGGUACUGUUUCUCUGUAGCCUCAGUCUGGGGCUGAGCAGACCAAGCAGGCUUCAGGGCUGUGAGGGUGUGGCCUUGCCGGGCCAGCCUUGUUUACAGGGAAUGACUGGUGACCUCAUGGGUCUGCUGCUUUGACCUCUGCAUGCGCUGCAGAACAGAAGUGAGUGAAGAGAAUACACAGCAUCAAUAAAGACAGCUUUGCAUAGCUUUCUGGAAUGUU